CCAAUGAGCCGCCCCACAGCUUCGAAUAAAAAAACAAAGCAACCACGCCGCCCGCCGCCGCCGCCCCCCACCACCUUCGCGCCGCGCGCCUGGGCAGCCGGCGAGGCGGUGCGCGUCCUCCGGCGCCGCGACGGGCGCAAGGGCGUGGACGCGACGGUGCGGUCCCACGACGGCGACUCCGUCCGGCUCCUGUUCGACAACGGCUCCGAGGCCGACGUCCCGGCAGGCUACGACGCGCGCUGCGCGGUCGUGCGCCGGCCGGACCAGACGGUCGCGCUGCCCGAGGACUGCGUGCGCCACGUCGCCGGCUUCCUCAGCGCCAAGCGCGCGCUGCGCGCCGCCGGCGUGGCGGCGGCCUGGAAGAACGCCGCCCGGCACGACGGCGACUGGCGGCGCCGGGUGGCGGCGCGCUGGCCAUACGAGGUCGCGGGGGCGGUGGCGUCGUGGCGCGACGUCUACCGCCACCGGUUGAGCGCCGAGCGCGCGCUCCGCCGCGACGUCCGCGCCGGCGUGCUGCCGCGCCGGCUCUUCGCGCCGCGGCUCUGCGCGAACCCGUGCUGCGCCGAGCGGUUCCUGACCCGCCGCGACGCGCUCGCGCAUCACCGAGUCCACCCCCACAGCUGGCUCGGCAUCGACUUCGACGACGAGGUGUGGCUGAACGACCGCGCUCGCGGUAUAAUAUUGUACCGCGACGACCGCAAGCGCGAACUCCAGGUUCACGCGAUGGAGAUCCUCGAACACCGCCCGAUCUCGCCGACGAUCGGGCUCUGCGCGAACUUUGACAUGUAACUGAGCAUUUCGAUGAACUCACUUAGCUUCUUAACGCCCGCUUGGCU